AUGAUCGGCAAUAAUGCAUUCAAUGACAAUACGGGCCGUCAUUCAGAUGUGGUAUAUGUUAUGAUGAAUACCACCGAUGGCUUAGUGAUGCAGACAAUUCGUGAUGACCAGCGCUCAUUGGCUAUGAAGCGGAUUCUAUCGGCGUCCUUCUAUGCCUUCUCUUCGUUUCUCAUAAGCGUUAUCAACAAAAUAGUGCUCACGAACUAUAGCAAAUUCGGUAUUUACUACAGCGCCGAUUGUCCGUUUCAAUCACGUGUUUCACCGCUGACGCCCACUCUUUGGGUCCGGGAAGACUACAUGGUAUCAAUGGCUUACCGAAGCGAGACAUCACAUGCAUUUCCCACCGAUUGGGCAGACGACUUAAACACCGUUGACAUACAACGAAUGUUUGGCCAACGCUGGCAGACAUCUCAACACAACUUUUCGCCACCAAAAUCGCCGAUUCCGACACCACUUCAACAAAUCUCGUCGCCGAUGCCUUCGGCCGAAGACAUUAUGUGUGUGUUCGCCGCUCGUGACACUUGUCUCAUGGGAACCAUACCCGACAAACACAACACUAACCGUACGAAGAAUACUACUGACGCUGAAACGAGCAAUACGUCAGCUCUCAUCAUAGACGAGGUCGUGAAGCACAUGACACUCGGAAACAUAGAGUCUCAAUACCCAUCGCCUGGACUCGAGUCCACGGCCAUGAUCUUCACCAUAACCCAUUACUCCAAAGGCUUUUCGAUUACCUUCGUGGUCGACAAAUCGAUCAUUCACUGGUCAACACACUGGUCAUCGCACUCGCCAUCGCACUCGUCAUCCGUUCCAAUCCUAACGACUCGAUCCAAAGACAUCGAAUCCAAUUCAGUAUCGAUCACCGCUCAAAUCAUCGCUCAAGAAUUGCCGGACAAAUCCAUAGAGGUUUUGAAGAUAAAGUCAGGUGCAAUUUACAAACACAUCACUCUUCGUGUUGGAAAUGAAUUCAAACAUAAAAUAGCAUCAAUGCGCUCAUCAAUUCACAAAUUGACAUUUCCUUACGAAGACUCGUACCGUAUCGCCUGCCCGACAACGCUCAUAGACUAUGGUAUAGCCAACGCCUCAACUCAUCGAAGCUCACUUUGCGAUCACAUCUCACACCCGACGCCAUGUUUUCAUUUAAGGGUCAGACAACAGCCUGGGGAAUGUCGUGAUUGUGAAUCACCCACUCCUAUGAAUAUUCCAGUCAACUAUCAUGAUGACUUCGAUGAGUUCAUACAUCACUCAUUACUCCAAUACAUCACCUCAUGUGCAAACGAUAUGCACACUUAUAUACUCAUAAUAUUCCCAUCGUAUCAUAUGCUAGGAAUGGGACAAAUGAUGGUCACAAUAAUUAUAUUACGCAUAGGGAAAUUACUAUACCUUAUAAAUUAUCCCAACUAUACGACGAAUACUUAUUUAAAAAUAUGGCCGCUGCCAGUGCUCUACAUCGGGAACCUGGUGUGCGGUUUGGGCGGCACUAAACAUCUGAGUCUUCCAAUGUUCACAGUUUUGCGGAGAUUUACUAUUUUAAUGACUUUCAUUGGAGAGUACUAUAUCCUCAAUGUCGUUCAAAACAAAGCAAUCAUAAUAACUAUCGUGGCUAUGGUUGGCGGCGCUAUGAUUGCAGCCAGCAAUGACUUAGCCUUCGAUGCGAGCGGUUAUGCGUUUGUCAUAAGCAACGACUUGUUCACUGCUGCCAAUGGCGUCUGUAUGAAAAAGAAACUUAAUUCCAGAGUACGUCAUUAUUAUAAUUGUUAUUAUUUUCCGAGACCAACGCAGGCUGGCGCAGUGUUGAGCGGUUCGGGCGAAGCGGUUGUGGAGAAAAUGCGAGUUUUAUUAUGUGAAGUAACCGCUGAAAGCUCUGGCGAUUGA